GACUACUGUGAGAUAAACGUCUGCAGUAAUGGGGGGACCUGUGUGACCGGGGCCGGAGCCCCCUUCAUCUGUAUCUGCCCCGACGGAUACACCGGGGACACCUGCAACGACACAGAGGCUGGUACGGAGAAAAUAACAGUAUUCAUAUCUACAUUAUAGCUAUUAUAGGUCUUUGAAUUGAGUAUCAAGUAUAGUUAUUAAAUUGUAAAGUUAUAUGUAAGCCAGUUAUACCAACUCAUAUUUCCCAAGCAAAAAGUAAAUUCACAUUCAAGAAAACAUUAAAGAUACAUCUAAUGAGAUCAAACAUGACUGGACAGAUACUGAUCCCUGAAUAUUAUUAUUAAAUGUUACCUUUCAGGUAUUUAAACUGUCUGUAAUGUCUACAUGUUAAUACUUUUUAAAAAGUAAAUUGUGAAGUAUUUUUGUCUGUAAUGUAUUUUUUCAUUAUGUGUCAGAUCCCAGGAAGACUAGCUGUCGUUAUGACGUCAGUUAAUGGUAAUCCUAAUAAAGUCCCAAGCUGUUAUGAAUGCUUAUAGUAAGUCUUCUGAUGCAGUAUGGGUGUUUUCGGAGGCUUCAUAAAGGUGUUAUACACCGACAGAUGGUACAUAGACAGUGUUAGAGGAAAUGUCUGAGAGGCUGUCUCUGUACUACACUGUAUUGCCAAUCUGGCCCUAAUACUAUCCUUCCCUCUCCCCCUCCCUUGCAUCUCUGCCCUAGGUCAUUGCUGUAAAAAUAUAAUUUGAUCGCAGUCAGCCUACCUGGUAAAAUAAGGGUUAAUAAUAAGUUAUAUUUGCUUCCCAGGGCCCUGCAACCCCAACCCCUGCAAGAACGAUGCCAUCUGUGAGGUGACUGGCCAGUCACGCCGAGGGGACGUCUUCAGCGAAUACAUCUGCAAGUGCCAAGAUGGCUUUGACGGAGUCCACUGCCAGAAU